UAUAAUUAUACACCUAUAAUUUGUGAUGAACUCCCUUCCCCGUACAAUAUAAUUUUAAUUAAAUAAAGAAAAAAUAUGCUGUAGAUUUUGUUGUUAAUGUAAGCUUUUUAGUGAUACCAAAAAUCUUAUUAUGUAUUCUAAGGUUAGGUAUUUGUUGCAGUAAUCACACAAAAAACCUACCAAACGAGUCCAAUAUGGGCAAACUAGAUUCCAUUGUUUCUGAAUCCGAGGAAGAAGAAGAAGAAACCCUUCAAAGGUCGAGUUCAGAGGAACCCAGAAAUCCCGCCAAUAAUGAUGGAAAAGGGAAACAAGGCGGCGCAUCAGAGUACGAGAAACAGAGGCUAUCGAGAAUUGCGGAGAACAGGGCUAGAAUGGAGGCUCUGGGUCUGUCCAAAAUGGCUUCGUCUUUAAUGGGUUCGGCUCAGAAAUCGCGGAAGGGUAAGGGCAAAGCCAAGCUUACUGAAAAGGACGAUGAAGAUUAUAAGCCUCAAGAGGAGGAACCCACUUCUUCUGCCGAUCGGGAAGAGAACGGAGAUGAUGAUGAGGAGGAUUAUUUGGGUCCAAAAUCUUCUGUGUCAAAUAAAAGAAAGGUGAAGAAGAAAGUUUCAAAGUCUAAUAAGAAAAUCCCUGUGGAAAAGAUUUCGACUACUUCAGAUUACAUGGAUGAAGAUGAGGCAUUGAAACUGGCCAUUGCUCUUUCCCUACAAGAUUCUGGGGAACCUUCAAAGAGUUCCCAUAUCAGUAAAAAGAAGGAGAAAAUGCAGAGUAAUAAGGAAGAUUCAAGAAGAAAUAUGAAGAAAAAAUCGUUUGCUAGUCGGCUGCAGAUGACUGAGGAUGAACUGCUAGUCCAUUUUUACCAGUUUGAUGAUAAUUGGAAGGGGGGGAUUACGAUAAAAGAUUUAGAAAGAGUAGCCACUGCACAUGAUUUUACUUGGACAGACAAUGAGUUGGCUGAUAUGAUUCGUUGCUUUGAUAGUGAUGGAGAUGGAAAGCUAAGUCUGGAUGAUUUUCGGAUGAUUGCUGCACGUUGUCACAUGAUUAAAGAGUCUCAAGAUCCCUGAUGCCCAAUAUUUACUUGUAUUUUCUAGUUGUAUGUAUGUAACAUUAACAACGGACAAUUAUUUGCCUUUGCCCCCUUGAAAGGAAAAAUCCAUAAUGUAUAAUCUAAACUGUAAACAUCUUCAAAUUUCAAA